ACGACAUCGUAGCUCACACUUCAUCUUUAUCCAGACAAUAGGAAGCGGACCGGCGAAAAUCCCGCGAGAACAGCCGUGGGUUUAAGACUUCAAGUAAAACCCAUACCCUACCCUACCCAGGAGAGAGAAAGAGAGGGAGCACCAGCUGCUGCUGCGAGAGUCGGCAACCACCGUUGCCGGCGUUCAUCCGUCACCGUCUUGGUUGCACCUAUGGAAUUUGGCUUAAUUGGUGUUGAAAUGUCACCUGCUUUCCGGAGGCUCUUGUUGCCCAUUUGCCAAAAUCCCUCGCUUCGAUUGCAUAACAAGCUUAGUCCAGUUUCCAGGUCACUAUUGCUCCCUGUUCAAUUAAAGCCUUUGUCUUGUGCUGCUUUGGAUGUGAUUGACUCGAAUCCCAUCAGUGGGUCGUGUCUCGAAUUUGCCCCAAACUCUGAGACUCAGCUUCGUCAAGUAAGAUUAGAUAAUGGCUAUUCACCUGAUCAGGAAAUUGUAGGAAGCAAUGUGAAAACCAGGCCUUUAGUUUUCGAUACCAAAAAGAGGCUUAUGCAUUAUUCUGGGAUGCUUCGUACCUGUGUUUCGCUAAGGUCUUUGAAUGAGGGGAAGGCUAUUCAUGGACAGGUGAUAAAAGAAGGGAUUGAUCCGGAUUCGCAUUUGUGGGUUUCAUUGGUUAAUGUUUAUGCAAAGUGUGGGGACUCCGGGUAUGCACGUAAAGUGCUUGAUGUGAUGCCGGAAAGAGAUGUUGUGUCGUGGACUUCUUUAAUUCAGGGGUUUGUAGUCGAAGGUUCCGGUGUUGACGCUGUUAAAUUGUUCUGUGAGAUGAAGAAAGAUGGUACAAAAGCAAAUGACUUUGCAUUGGCAACUGGGCUGAAAGCAUGUUCUUUGUGCUCCGAUUUAGGUUUUGGGAAACAGUUGCAUGCUGAAGCAGUGAAACAGGGGUUGUUAUUGGAUGCUUUUGUUGGUUCUGCUCUAGUCGGUCUUUAUGCAAAAUGUGGUGAUAUGGAACUUGCAGAUAGAGUGUUAUUUUGUAUGCCUGAGCAGGAUGUGGUAUCAUGGAAUGCACUGCUGAAUGGGUAUGCUCAGGAAGGUGACGGAAAAAAAUCUUUGGAAUUGUUCUGCAGAAUGACAGAAUCAGAAAUAAGGUUGAGCAAGUCCACCUUGUCCACUGUCCUCAAGGGUUGUGCAAACUCGGGAAAUUUGAGCGGAGGCCAGUUUUUGCAUUCUCUAGUCGUCAAAAUUGGGUUUCAGAUAGAUGAAUUCUUGGGUUGCAGUCUCGUUGAUAUGUAUUCAAAGUGUGGGAUGGCAGUCGAUGCGGUAAAAGCAUUCAGGACGAUUGAAAAUCCUGAUGUAGUGGCCUGGAGUGCAAUUAUCUCAUGCCUUGAUCAACAAGGGCAAUGGCAAGAAGUGCCUCAGCUAUUUCGUGAAAUGAUAAGUACAGGCAUCUCACCAAAUAAAUUUACCCUUUCUAGUAUCAUUAGUGCUGCCACUGAUCUCGGAGACCUUCAUUUUGGUGAAAGUAUCCAUGCUUUUGCAUGGAAAUAUGGUUGUGAAGCUGAUAUUUCAGUCAGCAAUGCUCUAAUCACAAUGUAUAUGAAAAGUGGGCGUUUGCUAGAUGGUGCUCAGGUUUUUGAGGCAAUGACAAACCCUGAUUUGAUUUCAUGGAAUGCCCUUUUAUCUGGAGCACACAAUCAUGAGUUAUCUGACCUAGGGCCAAGAGUGUUCCAACAAAUGCUUGUGGAAGGUUUGAAGCCCAACAUGUACUCAUUCAUUAGUGUUUUAAGGUGUUGCUCUAGCCUUUUGGAUGUGGACCUUGGAAAACAAAUACAUUCCCAUAUUAUCAAAACUAACCUCGAUGAUAAUGACUUUGUUGGGACAGCUCUCAUUGACAUGUAUGCCAAAGGCAGGUUUGUGGAAGAUGCUGUGAAAGCUUUCAAUAGAUUGAGUAAUCGAGACCUCUUCACUUGGACAGUCAUCAUUACUGGUUAUGCCCAAACUGAUCAAGCAGAGGAAUCUGUUGCUUGCUUCAAUAAGAUGCAACAAGAAGGAGUGAAGCCAAAUGAGUUCAGCAUCGCUGGCUGUUUGAGUGCUUGCUCCCGUACAGCUAUGCUGGAAAAUGGGCGGCAGCUCCACUCAAUGGUAAUUAAGAGUGGGCAUCUGGAAGAUUUGUUUGUUACUAGUGCACUUGUUGAUAUGUAUGCAAAAUGUGGGUGCAUCAGUGAUGCUGAGGAUAUCUUUGAGGGCUUGGUUUCACGAGAUACAGUGUCAUGGAAUAUCAUGGUGUGUGGAUAUUCCCAAUAUGGGCAAGGAGAGAAGGCUCUUGAAGCCUUUUCGACAAUGUUGGAUGAAGGUGCCAUACCAAAUGAGAUCACCUUCAUUGGUGUUCUUGCUGCAUGCAGCCACCUGGGUCUAGUCAAAGAAGGGAAAAAGCACUUCGACUCACUGAGCAAUGUUUUCGGGAUCACUCCUACAAUUGAGCAUUAUGCUUGUAUGGUUGAUAUUCUCGGCAGGGCUGGAAAGUUUAAUGAGAUUGAAACCUUUAUCGAGACAAAGGAACUAACACCGUAUGCCAUUAUUUGGGAGACUGUUCUUGGGGCUUGUAAGAUGCAUGGAAAUGUUGAAUUUGGUGAAACAGCAGCAAGAAGGCUUUUUGAGCUUAAACCUGAGAUGGAUUCAACAUAUAUCUUGCUAUCUAAUAUCUUUGCAGUCAAAGGCAGGUGGGACGAUGUUAGCAAAGUCAGGAAAUUAAUGCAGAGUCAAGGUGUUAAAAAAGAACCUGGUUGUAGCUGGGUUGAGGUUGAUGGUCAAGUCAACAUUUUUGUCUCUCAAGAUGGUACGCAUCCAAGAAUUGGGGAUAUUCAUUUGAAAUUGGAGGAACUAGGAGAAAAGCUAAAUUCAUUAGGUUAUAUACCGGAAACAGAAGACGUGCUUCAUAGAAUCACUGAAAGAGAAAAAAAGGAACAUCUCCAAUAUCACAGUGAAAGGUUGGCUCUUGGUUUUGCCCUUAUAAGUACCAGUCAUCCAAAAACUAUUCGGAUCUUUAAAAAUCUACGCAUCUGUGGAGACUGCCAUGACAUUAUGAAGCUUGUCUCCGAUGUCACAAAUCGGGAAAUAGUUGUUCGUGACAUCAGGCGGUUUCAUCAUUUUAAGAAUGGAACUUGCUCCUGUAAGGACUUCUGGUGAUAUGGCAUUAGAAGCUCUAUGGUCUGGAUAUGGGUUCACCCACAGCAAAUUCUAAACACUUUCCUCGUUACGAGCUGAGCCACAGUUUCGUACCAAAGGAACUCCGCCCUAAUCUUAUCAGAGUAUGCCCCGUUCAAAGUCCUUUUUGUCCUGAAGCGGCUGCUUUCAUGCUCCACAUUUGCAUACAUCAUAUCAAAUUCUUCUUGCCACAAGUCGUUUCUCUUCAGGACUUCACAAUAGUUCUUGCUGUUGAGAGCUGCUUCGCUCCUGAUGAUCUUGUGCUUCUGUUAAUGACAUGGCAGAGUCCUUGUGGUUCUCAACUAUGUUGUGCAACUACUACUGUCUCUUCAUUAGUCACGUUUGGUCCGUACAUGAGUUAAGGCAAACGAGCUCGUGGCUUUGAUACAUAUUCUUUGUAUGCAGAGCACCAGCUUGGUAGGCCGAGUGAUGAUUAUGCUAUGCAUCUCAAUAGGAGGUUCAUCGUUCUUCUGAAGUUCCAGAAUCAGAUAUGAUUCGAGCAAGCAGUACCCUGUCUAGAGAAUGAGUUGCCUUGUUCGUGAAGUUGAUAGCAGGGGCACAUCCAAGCACGUCUCUACUUCAUCUGUGUAAAAGAAGAAAGUGCAGUACCUCUACAAGUGGAAAUCCUGGGCCGUGUAGACCGAACGGGGAGUCGGAAACAGCAGUAUAAAACUGCAGCUGCUCGGCGUCUAUGCUAUGUGAAGUUGGAAAGCCAGACGGUACCAUCGUAUUGGCUGCUGUCGAGUUUUAUCUUCUCUUUCUUCUCAGCGUUUUUCCCUUUUCGUUUUCUUCCCCUUUUCUCCGACGAUGUCAUUGUAUGCGCAGCAUUCGUGGAUCUGUUCACCUUUUCAUCUUCCUCAUCUUUGUGUUCAUCUUCUCCCUUGUUAUCUAUGUAAAAAAGAAGUUCAUCACCCACUUUCUUGCCAUCCAACUUAGAAGCUGCUGGUUGCAAGGAGUCUGAUUUGGAUAUAUCAAGAGCCAGUUUGGUACGAAACUUCGCAAGAACACAUAUUAAUAUAACCAAGAAUCGUUCCCACAAAAUACCUAACCUUUCUCAUCACUUUCUUCUCUCUCUUCAACGACAAGUCCCUCUUGAACAAAUCAACAGACACAUUGUACACCUCGCGAACCACCGGAGCGAGCAGCGCGACACUCUUCGAAGAACCGCAAGAAGCAGAGCACAUGGACUGCAGCUGAAAUAAGUCCUCUGCGGCUGACACUCGAUCCAAAGGGUCGUCUUUCGGAUGAUUCCGUUUCCGAAAGAUCAAUGCGGCGUAGAACCGAUUCGAGAUGCGGGUCGACUCGGGCUUGCAUCAAUUCGUAGAAUUCCUCAAAAAGUCAGAUAAUUUGGGGUUUUACUUGUCAAAUUCGGAUAAAAGGUUUUGGAUUGAUUGGAUUAGCUUGAUUGGAUUAGCUUGAGGUCGUAGUUUUUGCCGAUUAGAGUUUUCAUGUUUGGCGUAUCCGGAGAAUUUGUGGAGCCAAUUAGAGCGAGAGCCAUGGUUGAAUGCUGAAAUGCGACCAAUUUGUGUUUCGGUGAGGAAUGUGAUAGAGAAGGAGAUGAGCUGAAGAAAAACCCUAAUUCUAUGCAACGGUCUAGGGUCCAAGGGGGGUAAAUGAUUGAAAAACACCUCAUUUGAAAGUGUACUUUAAAUAAUUGAAAGCAUUUUAGUGAAAAUAUUUUUGAGUAUUAGAAGCAUUUUGAAGUGCAUUUUAAAA